AUGGCGCUGGAGGUGGCAUUUCUUGCACCAUCAGUUGGCGUGACCGCUCGUGCACCCCAAGUGCACACUUCAGCAGGACCAAAGUCGCGCACCGGAUUUGGAGUGAAAAUGGCGGCUGGCGCUUGCAGUGUCAUUGCUGCGGCUGGACUGGCUUCCAGCCGAAAGCGCUCCAAGACGGCGGCGCGGUACACCACCCAGACCAUCCUGCCAUCGCUGGCCUGGAUCAAGUCGGGCGUGAAGGCGUCCGAGCUGCAGCCGACGGAGCUGCGGGCGCUGACCCUGGCAGGCAACGACGUGCUGAUCGGCAAGACCGAGGCAGGGGCGCUCUUCUGCGUCGGCAACCUGUGCCCGCACAUCGGUACGCCCAUGAGCGAGGGCGCUGAUGUCAUUGGGGAUGUGAUUGUGUGCCCUUUGCACGGCUCUUCCUUCAAGGUGACCAACGGCGAACUCAUCGACUGGUGCGUGUCUCCUCCUGUGAUUGGCCCCCUCACGGGCCUGAUCGUUGAGAAGAAGAACCUCCUGGUCUUCGAGUGCCGACAAGGUGGUUUCCUUGGCUCCGGCGAGGUUGAGGUGCUCGUGGAUACCAAUGCCAAGAAGGCCUAUGAGGCCAACUACUGGAAGGGCCUGCUUGAUGCGCAGGGCAAGGAUGACGGCACCUACUACUGA